CACACACAGAGAACAGCGGCCCCGGGUCAGAACAUCAAAGUGAUGGGGAGGCAGCCGUGCUGCGACAAGGUGGGCCUAAAGAAGGGGCCGUGGACGGCGGAGGAGGAUCAGAAGCUCGUCAGAUUCCUCCUCACCCACGAUCACUACUGCUGGCGCGUCAUCCCCAAGCUCGCAGGGUUGCUGAGGUGCGGGAAGAGUUGCAGGUUGAGGUGGAUCAACUACCUGAGGCCCGACAUCAAGAGGGGUCUCCUCUCCGACGAGGAGGAGAAGCUUGUCAUCGACCUGCACAUGCAGCUCGGCAACAGGUGGUCCAAGAUCGCUGCACAGCUCCCGGGGAGGACGGACAACGAGAUCAAGAACCACUGGAACACCCACAUCAAGAAGAAGCUCCGCAGGAUGGGCAUCGACCCCGUCACACACCUGCCCAUGCAAGAGAUCCAUCCUCUCGAACAACCGCGACAGCAACAGCCGUCGUCGCAGCUAGACGACGCUGAGCUUUCGCUACGACUAGAUAAUGAGGAUGAGAAGGCGAUAGUUCCAAUGAUCCAACCGCCACAGGAGAUCACGGCUGUGCCACCGCCCAAAGGCAACUGCUCGACGACAUUCGGCAUGGACGUGGCCGACUGUCCAGAGCCCAUGUGUCUUUCCGGCAUCGGCAUGGAUGGCAUCACCGAAGCGGGCUGGGACAGCUUCGCGUACGGCGGAUUGGGCGUCGAUCCAUUCGACCAAUAUUACCCAGGCGGCGGCUUCGACCCGACUGGCUCUGACGCUAUCCUAGGAACAUUGCACAUAGAUUAGAUUCACUUCCUUCCCUGAGCAUGCGCGUGCUGACAUGCAUGGCCAUCAGGCCAAUGUUUCGGAGCAUGCCGAUCCCGCGAUGCAUGUUUGGUUGAUGUUGGAU